AUGGCUACGACUACACCCGCCACGGCGCCAACCAAUGCAAUGGUCGACGAGACUCGUCUCUCGUCUGAUGAGAAGACCGAAGUUGGAUCUAACAACAUCCUCGACACUUCAGCCGACAACAAGGAGCAGCAGGCUGGCUCUGUGAUUGCCAGUAACAACAAUGCCGCUGACGAGCAGCCUCAGUACCCUGGCGCUGCAAAGCUUACCCUCAUCAUCUCGUCUCUCUGCCUCGCCAUCUUUCUCGUUGCUCUUGACCAGACCAUCAUCGCUCCCGCACUCGGCGCUAUCACAGCGCAGUUCCAGAGUGUCAAGGAUAUUGGAUGGUAUGGAUCUUCGUACCUUCUUACCACCACAGCUUUGCAGCCCAUGUACGGAACUAUCUACAAGUACUUCAAUGUCAAGAUUGCGUACCUCGCUGCCGUCUUCAUCUUUGAGAUUGGAAGUUUGAUCUCUGCUGUUGCACCAUCUUCUGUCGCAUUCAUUGUCGGUCGAGCCAUUGCAGGAAUUGGAACGGCUGGUCUCUUUUCCGGAUCUAUCGUUAUCCUCUCCCUCAUCAUGCCUCUCGAAAAGCGUCCUCUUGCCUUUGGUCUUAUCGGUGGUAUGUGGGGUAUCGCUUCCGUUGCUGGUCCUCUUCUUGGAGGCGCCUUUACUGAACAUGCAACCUGGCGCUGGUGUUUCUACAUCAACCUUCCCAUUGGCGGCUUGGCCAUGCUCAUCGUCUUCUUCUUUGUCAAGGUUAACCGCAACGACUCGAACACCAUCAACAUGACCUUCAUGGCUCGCAUUCGCAAGCUCGACCUUGCUGGCGCCGCCAUUUUCAUCCCUGCCAUUGUCUGCUUGCUCCUUGCUUUGCAAUGGGGUGGCGCUGAAUAUCCCUGGAACAACUCGCGUAUCAUCGGUCUCUUCUGUGGUUUUGGUGCCAUGAUUGCCAUCUUCAUUGGCAUCCAAUUCUGGAAGGGUGAUGAGGGAACUCUCCCCCCUCGUCUAUUCAAGAACCGGGACACUUUGUCCGCCAUCAUCUUCGCCAUGUUCUUUGGUGCCGGUUUCUUCCCUCUCAUCUACUAUCUCUCUCUUUACUUCCAGGCCAUCCAGGGUGUUAGCGCCGUCCAGGCUGGAAUUAAGAUUCUCCCUCUCCUGCUCGCGACUGUCCUCUGCUCUAUCGUCUCUGGAGGUGUCAUCACCGCCAUUGGCUACUACAGCUAUGUCAUCAUCCCUUGCAUGGUUCUCUACACUGUCGGAUGCGGCAUGCUCACAACCCUCGAUGUGCAUUCUCCUCUCAAGGAGUGGUUUGGCUACCAAGUCAUUGCUGGCUUGGGCAUUGGUGCCGGUUUCCAAAUCGGUGUCCUCAUCAUUCAAACUGUCUUGCCUCAGGAAUGGGUUCCUGUUGGCACCGCUGUUGUUCAGUUCGGCCAAGCCUUUGGAGGCGCCAUCUUCGUGGCUGUGGGCCAAACUGUCUUUCAAAAUGGCCUCAUUGACACACUUAAGGCUGAUAACAUUGGUAUCGACCCGACCAUCUUCAUCAACACUGGAGCUUCGGAGAUUGAGGAUACUCUGAGAAAGAUGGGCCGCCUUGAUGCGCUCGACGCUGUCCUCAAUGCGUACAUGAAGGGUCUCCGGGACACCUUUUAUACCUCUCUUGCUUGCGCUGCCUGUGCCCUGAUUGCUUGCCUGUGCUUCCGAUGGAAGUCUGUCAAGAAGGGCCCAGACGGCGAGGACAGAAAGCCUGAGCCUGCUGUGCCGGUCUGA